AUCAGUUUAAAAUCAGUGUAUGUAUUACCAGAGAACGUAUAUCAUAUAUGAUAUGCUUCAUUCUCAACAUCUGAAAUUCCUCAGUGAAAAAUCCCUCAACUUGCCACUUGAUUGCUUUGUUUUUGUUCACUACUAAAAACUCUACAAUUGAUUACAAACACUGGGGAUUAACUAUUGUGCUUUUACUAUUGCAUAUUUUAUCAUAUAUUAUUGAAAUUUAUAUAUUACCAAAAUAUUAAUUUGAUAAAAAUGUCAACAGAUUUACUCGGAUUUUUAUAUGCCGCCACUGUUGCUGCUGGCGGUAUUGUAGGCUAUGUUAAAGCCGGUUCCAUACCGUCGUUGGGUGCUGGAUUGGCAUUCGGUGCCAUUCUCGGUGUGGGUGCACACUUGAAUUCACAGGAUCCGCCACGUCCACUCUUGCAGUUGGGCACUUCUGUGGCUUUGGCCGGUAUCAUGGGCGCACGUUGGCAACGAUCUGGUAAAAUGAUGCCUGCUGGCAUGAUUUGCAUUAUAUCUGUUGCCGCCAUGCUUCGAAAUUUAAUCACUUACAAUCGUUACUUGCCAUUACCGGGAAGACAACAGUAAAUCUAUAUGUACAUAUAUGCACAUACAUAUGUAUGUAAAUGAUUGUUUGCAGUUAAUUGCUGGCAGAAAAACUUGCCCUUUUUUACAAAAAAGCAGAGUAUAAUAUUUUGCAAGAUUAGGAGUUUGUACUUCAAAAGUUGAAAUUUGUUAUUAUAACUUUACAAUAAUUAUAAAUAUUUUCGUCUUUUUCUUGUUAUAUUUUGUAUUUAUAUUAUUAAAAAUUAGACUCAUAUAAAUAAAAAUACACCUUUUCAUGCACAAGAA